AAAGUAUGCUGACUCAGCGCUCAGCAGCCUAUGGAAAGCCGUGAACAGCUCAGGAAGCUCACGGCAGACCUGCGCAAUGCACUCAGACGCAACUUCGAUGGCUCAUCGUCGGUAAGGGAGGGUUGCGAUAGGCUCCUCUGGCCGCCUUUGCUGCUCCUGGGAGCCUCUCUACCGAACAAUGCCGCGGCGAGCAAGUCAGAAUGGGCAAGACUUGCACACACAUACGCCGACGAAACCCUGCGAAUGCCCUUUGUAUCCAAGCAUGCACCUUCGAUCCAGCUCUGUCUCGUCUCCAACGUCUUGCUCGAUUGGUCGCUUGCGAGUGACUCAGACGAGGAGCCAUAUCUGCGAGACAGCCUGAAUGCAUGGCUGGGUCUAUCAGACGUCCUACCUGAUCUGUACCGCUCGGAGAUGUACAUGUCAGGCCUGUCCGCCAGUCUCGCAGCCCUCACAGCGCUUUCGCCCUCACCCGCGCCAAAGCCAUUACAGCUCUUGCUGAAUUUGAUCCGGCAUCAGACGGCCAAGCUCGACUUCAUUACCUUGAUUCAGCAUGAUACGAAUGAAGCAGAGGCCAUGAAAAGGCAGCGCUGGGCCGCAGAUGUCGCUACUCUGCUGUCUGUGCCUUCGAAGAUUGCCAAUGUUGUCGCAUCAAACACGGCUCUGCUGCCACCGGAUCUGCAGGAAGACGCUUAUCUUGCGCUCGUGGCGGAUCGCUUAUUCGACUGUCUGGAACGCAAACGGUCUCGACCGAUGAUCGAUCAGAUUGCCGAAGUAGUCACGAAACUCUGCCGACGAGGCUACGUGCCGCCUCGGCCUACGCUGCCUCCGCUCGCCGGUUCAGCUGGCAUGCUAUGGUGGCGCUGGAUACCACGUCUAUGUCGGCCGUCUUCGCCAGACGUACGGCAAUCCUGCCAGGCGCUGUUAUCAAGUCUCGCUAUGGACACCAUUCGAACUACUCUUUCUUCGCUUUUUGCGCAUCUACAACAUUGUCUCGACCCAUCGUUGCCUGACACCGCCUUGUCAGAAGCUGUAGCGCUUCUGGAGCGCAUCAUCGGAUCGCUCAGCGACGACAGCCCGCUUUGGCGUGCCAUCUCGAGCACGCUAUUGAUGGGCCAAGCAUACUCGCUCACAUUCGCUCGCACUUUAUCUGCAUGGCUUGACAGUCAAGGCGUGUCGGGUCAGAUGGUCGAAGCAGCAGCGGCGGCUUUCGAGCGGUCAGGCUCCGAUCAGAGAUCGACAGACGAUUACGAUACUUACAUCUGCGCUGUGCUCGUGCUUGCCACGCAUGGUCAAACACAGCAAACACGAGAAGCUAUCAGACUCCUGGGAUCUUCUGCGACAUUCACCGGCGCAGUACAUACGCGCUUGUCUUCGACUCGUCCUGGCUUCAGACUGCGCGGCAUGCUUCUGGCAGAGAUCGUGUCUGCGGCCUGCUUCGCAUCCGAUGGUCCCAUCAAGGCUCUCAAAUUCGAUGCUAGCUUCUGGGACGGCGAUUCUGACGAGCAACGCAAUUGCCGGGUGUUGCGAUCGUUGCGACCUUUGUCUGCUCCGACUACAGCGGGCGAGUUGACCAACAUGGCUGCUUGCUUUGGCGAGCGCGUCUACCUUCCAGCGCAAUUCAAGACGGAUGUGUCUAGAGCGCCUGUCAAAAAAGCCAUGGUCGAGGCAAAGCCACGCAAGCCGUUGAUCCAAGUCGUAGGCGGAGAGGACGAAGAUGAUAUGGUACCAUACGCAAUGCCAUCCUCGCAGCCAAUCAUGGUUUCCGAGGAGGAUCUUAACGACAUGGGCACAUAUACGCCGAGCAAGAAGAAGCCGCGAAAGCCAAUCUAUAUGCAAGAUCUACUCGCUUACCUCAAGGCCACUGAGGAUCGCGACAAAAUCGAGCUUGCUCUUGCACAUGGCGAGCAGCUCAUACGAGCAAAGCAAGGGUGGGGAACAGAACUGACUGACAACGCAGUCGAUCUGACGAUCGCUCUGUUUGCGCUACAGGAUAACUUUGACUUGGACCGCUUCGAGCAAUUGCGACAAGAUGCCCUGACGGCCAUCGUCGCUUGCUGUCCCCUUAAAGCGGCUCCUUGCAUUAUCGAGCAUUACUUUCUGCAUCAGUAUUCGACUGCACAGCGAUCCUGUAUGCUCACUGCUCUGGCCUUGGGUGGCUCAGAGCUGUCUGGCGCAAGACCAGAUACUAGUAAAGCUCUCGAGACUACAGCACGAGCCAUCUCAAAGCACACGAUCGAUGACACCCUCAAAGGUCACUAUCGUUCGCAGAGGUUGUCAAUGCCAAAGACCAACUUGCAGACGACAAGAGAGAGGCCAAGCUAUGCUGAUAUUUGUGCUCAGUCGUUCGUCAUGCCACUCAUCAACCGCUUCUGGCUAUAUAUGCGUGACGCUGCCACAUUGCAGCACAACCACAAGCGACUCGAGUCAGCAGGCAGUGCGAUGAUUCUCGCACCCAUCAACCUAAGUCGACUGCUGCUUAGUCUCGCGAUACUCAUGGACAGCGCGCGUGCUUCGCCUCACUACCUCGCUGUCCUGGCGCCAGAGACGCUGGAGAUGUGCAUGGCAAUCAGAAGCUUCUGCGAAGACGAGGGCGUGCAGACGACGACCUUCGAGCUCGCUUGCAUUGUGCUCGACUCGUCCCUCCAGCUCGAUUCGGGGCAUCGCUUGGCAACAGAUCACGCUCGUCUUGUCGUUGAUCUCAAGACUUGGGCCGAAGAGAGCAGACCUGCUGAUGACAGAGCUCGCGUUGCUGCUGCUGCUAUCGUAUUGCGAUCAGAAACGCUCUUUGCCAAGCAGAUCAGGCUUGUCUGAAUGCAAUCACGUGAGCAGAGAUCUGGGGCACGUCCUCCAUCGAUUUUUAGGAUAGCACACGCAGG